AACAUUUAAAUCUUCUUCUUUUUUUGAGUGACUAAUGAUGGAAGAAUCAUUAUUUUCAAUAGUUCAGUUCUUUUUUUUUUUAAUAAAAUUACUUAACUUGUAAUUUAUUCAUUUUGUGGCAGGAGGUCUAUCUGUGCAUAUAACAUCAGCGUGCGCCUCUGGCUGUGCGCAGAAGCUAUAUAUGAAGUGAACCGAAAUGCCUUUUGCGAGCGAGGAGUGGCGGAAGGGACUAAUGGAGGGGUGGUGGAAUUAUUAUUGGGCGCCGGUGGGGAUAGCGGUGGCGGUCGUAGUGAUCGGGAGCCUGAGAUGGGCGGCGAAGAGAGGGAACGUUUGGUGGCAAGAGUCGGGCCUGCCGGAAGAAACGCGACGGCGGCUGCCUCCGGGGGAUUACGGAUGGCCACUCAUCGGCAACAUGUGGUCUUUCCUUUCGGCUUUCAAGUCUCACGAUCCUGAUUCCUUCCUCCGCACUUUCACCAACAGAUAUGGAGGGCAUGGGCUUUAUAAGGCGUUGAUGUUUGGACGGCCCAGCGUGUUCGUGACAACCCCGGAAGCAAGCAAGCGAGUGCUAAUGGACGACGAAGCCUUCAAGCCCGGCUGGCCCACCUCCACGGUGGAGCUAAUGGGCAAGAACUCCUUCAUCGGAAUCUCCUGCGAAGAGCACAAGCGGCUCCGACGUCUGACCGCCGCCCCAGUCAACGGGUACGAAGCCCUCUCCCUAUACAUGACCUUCAUCGGGGAGAACGUCGUCGCCGCUCUGGAAGAAUGGUCUUCUGCCGGGGAGCCCUUGGAGCUGCUGACCCAGCUCCGAAAGCUCACUUUCCGGAUCAUAAUGUUCAUCUUCCUCAGCUCCGAGUGCGAGGACGUCAUGGAAACCCUGGAGAGACAGUACACCACGGUCAACCAUGGAGUCAGAGCCAUGGCUAUCAACCUCCCUGGUUUUGCUUACCACAGAGCCCUCAAGGCGCGUAAGAAAGUGGUGGAUGUGCUACAAUUAGUCCUAGAUGAGCGCAGAAGCAGAAUCAAACAGGAGGAUGGGAGUGGGAAGCAGCAGUUGGGAAAGAGUAAGAAGAUGGACAUGAUGGAUGAAUUGAUGGGCGUGGAAGAUGAGAAUGGGCGGAAGCUUAGAGAUGAAGAGAUCAUAGAUGUUCUCUUGAUGUACUUGAAUGCUGGCCAUGAAUCCUCUGCUCAUGUCACCAUGUGGGCAAUGGUGUUACUACAUCAACACCCUGAUUGCCUUCGCAAAGCCAGGGAGGAGUCAGAGGAAGUUGUAAAGCGAAGGCCAACCCAUCAAAAGGGUGUAUUGACUCUCAAGGAAAUACGCCAAAUGGAUUACCUAUCUAAGGUGAUAGAUGAGACACUCCGAUUCAUAACAUUCUCGCUCGUUGUAUUCAGAGAAGCGAAAACAGACGUGGAUAUGAGUGGUUAUACGAUUCCCAAGGGCUGGAGGGUACUAGUUUGGUUCAGGGGUGUUCAUUUGGACCCUGAGGUAUACCUGAAUCCAAGAGCAUUUGACCCUUCCAGAUGGGAUAAUCUGACACCAAAGGCGGGUACUUUCCUUCCAUUUGGAGCAGGAAGCCAUAUGUGCCCUGGAAACGAUCUUGCCAAGAUCGAAAUUGCUGCUUUCUUACACUAUUUCCUCGUUGGCUAUGAGCUCGAACUCGUGAAUCCAGAGUGCCCCUUACAGUACUUGCCUCACCCGCGACCAAAAGACAACUGUUUGGCUCGUAUCAAAAAGAUAUCGCAACAUGGGUAGUCAUCCUUCUCCUCCUCUCCAUCGUCAUCCUCUGCUUCCUGCUAGGGGAAAGAGAAGCACAUUGCACAGGUUUAUGUGUGGCAUGUUAUGUUAUGUUAUGUUGUGGUGCUAUUGAUGGUGCUAGGCUACCCUAAUUCUGUUUGUGAAACAGAAUAAUCUAGUAGGUGGUUCACUUUUGGAAAAGCUCACGAGUACCAUUGUGUGUGUCAAUGAUUACUUGUAGUAAAUAAACAACUUGUGUUCUUUGUUACCCCCUGUAUUCUCGUGGUGGAGAAUGGAUCACAGUUUCCAACUGAAUCGCUUGGAAUAUUUUAAAGCAAAGGAUUAAUGUGAUUGACAUGGAGAUUGCCAAAACUUUCUCACUAAGAUUAUUAUGGUAGAGCUUUUUUUGUUGGAGAGAUCCAGGGUAUUGUUAAGGUGAAGGUAUUGGUGUACUUUCAUCGUAUGAUUUAUGGAGAAGACCAUCCGUUGCUUUAUGGAGACAAGUCUCUCUGAAUUAUCAUAAACUUCAAUAGCUUGGAAACUCAAAAAACUCAUUUGGAGCCCAAUUGAAGAUUUUUGAAAGCUCAUAUAUUAAUGUUAGUGUGACUUGAGUUAGACAGUCGAACUUAAAUUGGAGCUCAUGGCGGUUCAUUGAUUGGAGCAAGGACCAAACAAUGGUAUAUGUUAGAUUUCCUGUUCAAGGACCAUCAAAUCUUCAACAACGCGCUCAUAGCAAUGCUUGCACCUACACAUUGUUAUAAAUAAUUCGAUCACCCAAGCACCAUUAUUAAAAUAAAAUUUUUUGAUCACCAACGAUAAUCUGUUUAAUUGAUUACAUAUCAUUAAGGCUACUUUAUCAAAAACAUAUCAUUAAGGCUUUUGUACAUCUCCUCCUCUGGUCUCUCUCUCUCUCCUAAAUAUCAAAACUUUGAGACAACAAGGCGGCAAAAGAACUGACCACACAACGCAUGUAAAUCCCUAAUGGAUUUUUAUCAUUAUAUGCCUCUGAUUUCACCAGCCACUAAAGUUCUUCUGAACUUUGGAGCUCUGAGAGGAUCUACCGCCCUUGUCUUUGUAUAGAUUUCUAGAGGAGAUUCGACUCUGCCUCCCACGGGCUGCUGCUAUUGCUCGCUUCUUGUGCUUGUUCAGCCUCUUGGUCAGCUCUGCAUCACCCUCCGUUGCAUUCUCUUCGUCUUUGUCUUCGUCUUCCACCCCCAAAAAAGAAUAGGAUCAUUUCAGGUAGACCCAAAAUUCAAGGUUAAUCAACUAUAAUCAAACAACUUACAUAUAUGACAUUGACAAAGUAAUUGUGACAUAGAGUCGGGAGUUUUCACCACUACAAUAAGAAACUCGAUUCUACAGGACACUUAAAUUCAUACCUCAUCAUUAUCAUCUUGUGUUCCAAGGCUACCACCUUAUGCUUUUUCACUCAGUUGAUUCUCAACAAUUUUGUCCUCCUCUUCAUUCGUUUGCUCUUCCUCAAUGGUAUAUUUUCCGAUAAGCACCAUAUAAAAUAAUUGUACGAGAAGAGAGAGUGAAUAUAAUAUUUGAGGAAACAGAACCUGCUCUUCUGUCUGCAAAGAAUCUAAGCUUGUGUGGCUGGUUUCAUGCGUCUCUGAAACAUGCUCUUCAUCCUCAUCUUCCUCACUGUCAGCACCUCCUUCAAUGAACUGCAACGUUUACAUUUCAGUGAGAAUGUAAUAAUGCAGGUGAAACACAUGAAUUCCACCAAAUGCAUAAACCACAACAUCAACAACAAAAACCAUGGGAGUAAAUUUUGGUGUCAUACUGUGGAAAGGAACUAAUAGGUAAUCCAAGAGCUUAAAGGAAGACAGAAAAGGAACACUUUUUUCACGAAUGAAACCAUUUAAACACACAUAGCUACAGGUGGAAAGAUAAAAGCUCUACUAAACAAGAUGAUGAGCA